AUGAUUCACACCUCGCCAAACGGAUUCGAAUCAGAACUCAUCAGAUCCGCAAUCACCUCGUCCGUCGUCACUACCACUGUUACAGCAGCGAACACAACUGCUGCAACAACAACAGCAGCAGCCGCCACCACCACCGCUACAGGUAGCAUUACUGCGACCGACUCGACGACGUUGACGACAGCCUCGCCCACAGAAAUCCGGCUCAAGAACCGGCUACAGCGGAUCAUCAGGAUACCCCCUAGCGUUGCCCAAACUCACUCCAACAAGGCCACGGCUAGCACCAGUACCCACACUCCUCCUUCUUCUGCCACCUCUCCGAAUACCACCACUACCAGUCCUACGAUUAAUACCACCACGCCCAAACAUCGCGGCGGCCACAGUCGCGUGGAGAAGAAGCAACUUGUUGGUGCGACCAUCGCUAUCGGCCAGGACAAGCCGUUGGUGACGACUACGACUGUGACCUUUCGUUUGGUGGGUUCAGGCACCGACCUGUCUGCGCCGCCAUCUACACCAUCACCUGCCCCAGCAGCGCCAACACCGGUUUCAGAUUCAUAUCCAGAUUCGUACUUAUCAGAGAAGAACCCUGAGACCAUCAAGGUUGUUGAUCAGCACCACCUCCACAACCCUUACUAUUACUCGCCAGAUCCAAUGCCCCAGCGCCAGGUCUACACCGUCGGCUCCUCUCUCCUAGCCAAGGCUAAAGUCAAGGCCAGGGCUCUCCAGCACAACCUUCUUUCCCCACAACAACAGCAACAACAUCAACAACACUCCAUCCAGCAGCAGCACCAACAAAAGCAACAUGAACUUGAUCCGCUCACCAAGCUUGAACUGCACAAGGGAAACCAGGAAGAAGGCGCAGACGGUAGGGGAUCAAGCAGCGAUGGGACCGACGUCGAAAGUAAUGCCAGUAACAGCAACAGCAACACCAUCUCUGUUGGCACUUCAAACCAUCUCAAAUCCAUUCAUUACCAACAUCACCACCUCCACCAUCGUUCGUCGUCCGCCCAACUCGACAAUACCAUCAUGGGCGAUAUCGAUCCCCAGUCCGACAAUAGCCAUGAUCACUCUAAUGACAGCGACAGCACUGUGACCGACCAUCCUCCUCACGAAGCAUUAUUGUCUCCACCAACCCCUCGCUCACGCAAGUGUUCACUUCGAUCUCGCAACAGCAUUGGUCCCGACGAAGAAAAACUGUCUACAGCUUGCAUUGCUGUAGCAGGAGGAGGAGGAGGAGCAACUGCAUUGUUGACCACUACACCAGCAGUUCUUCCUCGCUCACUCUCGAAAGAGACUGCUGCAGGGGUCGAAGAAUUGGACGACGAGGACAAUGCCGUCGUCUUUGCUGAAGAAAAGAAAGCUGACAUGAUCGGCGAAGCUCUUCUUCUCUCCGACAGUCCUGAACCUACGAUGCUUAUGACGACUCAAGACUCAGCUGCUUUAUAUGAAGCUAUUUUUCAACGACAGCAUCCGACAGAGGAAGCCAUUGCAGAGUCCUUACAUGAAUUGCGACAGUUGAUUCUCGCUUACGGUAUUCCUGAACAGUUGUAA